AUGAGAAGUGGAGGUCUGGUUAUUCUGUGGAAUGAUUCUGUUAAUCUAGAAAUUCUCAGUUCCAAUACAAAUGUUAUUCACUGCCGUAUUCAUAACCUAUUAGAGAGUGAUUGGGAUUUAUUCUGUGUAUAUGUCCCUCUUAGUAGUCAGAAAAGAAAUGAAUUUUGGCACAAUUUCUCCCUAUUCACUGCUCAGAUUCAGAAUCCUUGGUGUAUGGUGGGUGAUCUAAAUGGUAUCUGCUCCAGUUCAGAAAAGCAUGGUGGUAGUCAAAAGUUUAAUUCUGCUAACAAUGGUUUUAAGGAUUUCAUCCAAGAUAGAAGUUUGGUUGAUUUGGGUUAUAUUGGCCCAGCUUUUACUUGGUCGAAUGGGGCUACCUUAUCAGAGCCUAUAUAUGAGAAGCUAGACAGAGCUAUGUGCACUACAAAUUGGAUCCUCAUGUUCAAAGAUACUGAGGUUCUUCAUCUACCUAGAAUUAGUAGUGACCAUAAUACUCAUAGGGAAAAUCAACGCAAGAGAAAGCUUUCGAACAAAAUUGAGUAUUUCUGGAUGGAGCACCCAGAAUUCAAAGAUGUGGUGAUUGAUGCUUGGUCCACUCAGUAG